CUACGCUCCGUCGACCGCGAACGUGGCGUCACGCCGCGGCUCUCAACAAGCACUAUACAUACAUUCAUAUCGGAUCGCGAUACGAUACGGAAACAAGUGACUUGUAAUAUGUGACGCUUUGUGAAAUAAAAACAUGAUAUUGCAAAUUAGAAUUCAAUACAGAUCGUUUGUACUCGUUGUAUACACAAAAAGUGAUGUAUAAAUAAUUUUGAGUCCUAACAAAUGAACUUACAAAACGAGCAUGACUGCUACAGUCGUUAGUUGAUAAAGGUGUUAAGAAAUAGAGCAAGAUGGCACGAUACAAUGGCAGAGUAUUGUCCAUUGUGUUCAGCACACUGCUCCUUGGGCGAGCUAUUGCAGCGCGUGGUCACACAGAAGUCCGCGUGGAGCUGCAAAUGGAGAGAUGGGCAGCCCGAGGCGGCUCCGUCCGGCUACGAUGCGUUCACGACGUGCCUCCACACCUCCUAGAUAAAGUCGUCUUCCUCCGCCACGGCACCAAGAUCUUCCAAUACAUUAGAGACAGGAAACCGCCAUACAGGAACUUCACGACACCCGGCGCUGUACUCAACAUCGCUCUCGCAACAGAGAACUCCAUAAUCCUGCAGAACCUUGACUUCGCAGCGAGCGGCAGCUACUCGUGUGAAGUAUCCCUUGACACACCUAUCUAUACAAAAGCGUCUCCUGAAAAGCAACUUACAGUAUUCCAUCCCCAAAAACACCACCCCCGUAUCGACUUUCCAAGUAGAUAUUUGAGCUUCGAUGAGACUCUCAGAGUGAACUGCACCAGCGCGCCUGCGCUGCCGGCGCCGCACAUCACAUGGUUUAUUAAUGGCAAAAAGAUGGAUGAAGUUCAAGCCAACUCCCACAAGUAUCGGGUGUCCAUGAGUGAACGCAGUUCACGGAGGGGUCUCCUCAAGACCUUUGAACCUGAAUCUGAAUCAAGCACUCCACCAAUCCUCGCACUCACACAUACAUCUCGUGUCGCUACAAGAGCGCCUGGCUGUGUACUUAAAGAGGCAGAAGGGCUUUCAAAACAUGAAGAAGAUAAUAAUAUCCACGGCUUAAGCAGACAUAAGAGUCGGAAACCGAGCCGAGGCAAGGAUUUGUACGUAACUGUGUCAGAGCUACAAUUAGUGGCAAAAGGAAAACUAGAAGUUACCUGUGUCAGUACUAUACCGGAGUUCAGGAGCAUAGAAGACAAGUUUGCGGAUGUGAGAAACGAGACCGUUAUAGUGGAUGUAAUACGACCUACGGCGCAAGAAGAAUUAGCCGCUAACCUCACUACGGGACAAAGCACAUCUGUGGCCAGCACUUCAAUUAUCUCCUCUUUUAUUACGCAUUUUAUAUUAGUUCUCUUUGUCAUUUGACUAAUAAUACCUUUUCAAUGUUUUUAGAAAUCAGGCUGUGAUAAAAUUAUUCGAGUUUAGACAUUGCUCGGGCUUACCAAUUAAAUAUUUAAUAGGCGAGCUUGACUUAAACGUGUUCUCUGGCUCACUGCUGUGAGCUUAUAACAAACCAUCGAUAUAAUGUGUAAUGUAAUUAACAUGCUACGGGCUAGUAAAAGCAUAGAAUUUCAACAAGUAUUUGGAUACUUUUGUAAUACAUUCCUACAUAUCUCUAUAUCUUAUAUCUAUAGUUCCUCUAAAUAGUUUCAAUAUAGGUAAUAUACCUAUGCAUAAUUCAAACAAGAAAUAAAUAUUUUAGCAGCGUCUGCUAAUGAUGUCCCUGGCAUAUUAAUUACAAAAAUAUCAUUGUGUUCCUUUUAACAUAAUAUUAAGUACAUAUCAUACUUGUUAAAUUAAGUAAUAUCCAAUAAACGCGAUCAAUAUUUUCAAAUUUAGAUUAAGACUUUCAACUUGAUAAGAUAGACUUUUGAAAAGAAAAUACCUAGAUAACAAAA